AUGGAUGCAAUCUUUAGCGACUCCGCAGUCUGGCAUCCAGGCGAACGAAAUAUCCAACGCCUUCUCCACGUUCCAUACCAGGAGAACCCCACAAGAUACUAUCUACCGCCCGGUGUUUCCCACUUUCUCUCAAUAUGCCCUUUGAUUGCUGUCGGAACUACUUCUCCAUCCGGCCAGCCCUGGGCAUCUUUGUUGACCGGUGUCCCCGGUUUCGCUAGAAACUUCGGUCCUGGCGUCAUCGGCUUGCAAACGGCCCUUGGAGCUGGUGAUCCCAUUUACGAAACUCUAGAUGAAAAAACAUGGAGCGAAACUAUGAAUGAUGGAGAAUCUAGAGGAGAAGGGAUGAUUGCUGGAUUAGCCGUUAAUCUAGAAAGAAGACAGCGAGUGAAGUUUUAUGGAAAGAGUAAAAGAGGGAUGAGAAGGGUUGAAAAGGAAAAAGGGUUGGCUACGAUUAUGAUGGAGAUUGAACAAACUUUGGGGAAUUGUCCAAAGUAUAUGAAUGCCCGCCAUCUAGAUCUCGUCCAAGUAGACACCUCAACAAACAUCACCUCGAACUACGAAGUUCCCACAACACUCCCUCAAGAGGCACUAGAUCUAAUUUCCAACUCAGAUAUGUUUUUCGUCGCCUCCCGCAACGGUUUCACAGACAUGGACGUAAACCACCGCGGCGGACCUUCCGGUUUCGUCCGAGUCCUCCCACCGGCAUCAAGUUCCAGCAACCACCAAGAACCAACAUCUCUUGUCUGGCCUGAAUACUCCGGAAACCGUCUUUACCAAACACUUGGGAACUUGCAAGUUACCCCAUUGGCGGGGCUUACCUUUGUGGAUUAUUAUACGGGUGAUAUGUUGUAUCUUACAGGAACGACGGAGAUAUUGAUCGGACCGGAUGCGGAGAGGGUGUUGUUGAAAAGUAAAUUAGCCGUAAAAUUUACGGUUACUGCUGCAAGAUAUGCAAGAGCUUCGCUAGGACUUAGAGUCGCGGAGCCGGAUGCCGUCAAGUGGAGUCCGUAUAACCCCGAAGUACGAUAUCUCGCUGCUGAAGCUGCAGGACAAAAAGCGUUGAUUGGGUUAAAUUCUCAAUCAGGUCUAAAAGCAACGCUAGUGAAGAAAGAAAAACUAUCAAGUACAAUCGCAAGGUUUACAUUCCAACUCGACGGUAAUAAAGAUAAAAAACAAUUAUGGCGGGCAGGACAGUAUGUUAUGCUUGGCUUUGAAGAGGAGUUAAGUGCUGGGUAUAGACACAUGGAUGAUUCUGAUCCUCAAGGGUUAAAUGACGAUUACAUCCGGAGUUUUACCGUAUCUUCAUAUCCGGGCCAAUUUACGGGUAGAGAUGAAGGAAAAUUCGAGAUUACGAUUAGAAGAGUUGGGACUGUUACACGAUACUUGUUUCAACAAAACCCCGGUGCAGCGUUAGAAGUACCAAUCCAAGGAUUUGGAGGAGAAUUCUUUGUAGAGAAGUGCGAAGGGGGUAAAGUGGGCAUUGUGGCUGCUGGAGUGGGUAUUACACCGUUUAUUGCGCAAUGGAAGGGGAUCGCGGAGAGUGGGAUUGAUGUUAAAUUGUUUUGGACUGUAAAGGAGGAUGAUUUGGGACUUGUCAAAGAUCUUUUGGGAAGGAAGGGAAUGGAGGGGAUGAAAGAAGCAUUGAGGUUGUUUGUGACGGGGAGGAGAGAAGAGGCGAACGAUAUUGAGAUUGAAGCGAAGGAGACUAUUGAAAGAAGGAUCAACAAAGGAGAUAUUGUGGAAGAAGGAGAUGAGGCUAGGAAGUGGUAUAUUUGCACUGGAGAUGCUAUGCGCAAGGAGGUAGCGGAAUGGCUCCAUGGAAGAGAAGUUAGUUGGGAAGAGUUCACGUAUUGA